AGCCAAAAGCUAGGCUGGAGGUAGGGUAGCACAUGGUAAGACUUAGAGGACCUGCACCACUGUGGAGUAUAAACUCAAACGAUAAAGGUUUCAACUGCUCAACAAUUUUUAAUUCUGAACAAGGGUUAUAAAUACUAGACGUUUAUUAACAAAUUUUUGUUCCAAAGAACGUAUAUGAAGGUAGAAAUAAAAAGUAAAUCUUUACCAUAUAUGUGUGUAUGUGUUAAUAAUUAAUACAUUGAUUUAUUUGGUAAAAAAGAUCUUUUUCAAAAUUACAUAUUAUAAUUGUUUAGGCAUUUAAUUAACAAGAAAAACUAUACCACUAAAUGGACUUGCAAAGCAAAACUCUAAAAAAUUAAAAUUGAAAUGAUUUUAGUAAAUUAUCACUGCAUUAAAUACUAUGCUGAAAAUAGCUUUGCAUAAUACUAUAUACCCUAUAAGACUGAACAGGGUUUCUUUAUUUAGUGAAAUAAUGUGGUCUUUAAGUCAACCGAUGCUAGAAGACUAAGCAAUUUAUACCAGAGGAAAAAGAAAAUUAAUGUUAGUUAUAAACCUUAGGGCAGAAAGAACCUCAGCCAACCAUUUCCAAAACAAUUUUUAAAAAAUCAACAAUCAUUUAGUAAACCAGAGUAAAUUAUGUAAGAAAAUAAACAAAAAAAAAACGGUUCUUUCCCUUUUGUCUCAAAGGUAAUUUUUCCUUAAAGCUAAAAUUAAUAACGUUAGGAAUCACUCAGGUCCAGGCUUCUUUAAUCACAAAGCCUGCUUAUUUGGCAGUUUCUCAAGUUACUCCCCUCAAGGCAGCUUGAACCAGUUAAACUAGAUCCUUUCAGCUCUCUGGAGCUUAUUGACAACCAGCCGUCUGGUUUCCUAGGAAACAAAACCUUGGCUAGAAAUAGUGAAUCAUUUCCAGGUCACUUUCAACAUGGAGAGUGGAGCAGGAAAGCACUGGACUCAGGAAGAGGUUAAGGCUUUGCUAAGUGUCUGGGCAGAAAAAAAUAUACGAAAACAACUCUAUGGAACACUGAGAAAUAAAGGAAUAUUUAUUUACAUUGCUAAAAGGCUACAAGCAUUAGGAGUAUACAGAGAUUGGAAACAGUGCCGGGCAAAGUACAAAAAUCUCAAAUAUGAAUACAGAACAGUUAAACAUGCACACAACUCUGGAGACAGCUCUAAAACUAUGAAGUUUUUCCACGAUUUGGAUGCAAUCCUGCAGUAUGAACCUGCCUCACAGUUAACAGAGGAAGAUGCAAAUGGCAGGUGCCUAGCAACGCUGAGCCAAAGUACAGCCCCAGAGACCACUGAAGGCAAAAUGUCAGUCACAUUAGAAGACAAGGAAGACAUCUCAGGAAAUCCUUUACUUUUGGUUUCUCAUGUCAAACCAAUGGAACUAGGUAACUCUAUAUCAAUAAUGGAACCCCCUAACAAUCCAACUUUUAUUCCAACUGUAGCAAAUGAAGGAGGAAAACACUGGACUGUGCCAGAAGUCAGGGCUCUAAUAGGCAUCUGGUCUGAUAAAAGCAUACAACAACAACUAGAGGGAACAGUGAGAAAUAAAAGGCUAUUUGAACAAAUUGCUGCCAAGCUUCAGAAAUUUGGAAUAGAGAGAGACUGGAAGCAGUGCAGAACAAAGUACAAAAACUUAAAACAUGAAUAUAAGACUGUAAGAAUGGCUCAAGACCUAGGCACGACUAAGAGUAUGAAAUUUUUUACUGAGUUGGAUGCUAUUCUGGGACACAAUAAAACAGAAAAAUCGCAACAAGAAUCCCAAGAUAGAGAACAAGCUACAGAAUGUGCCAAUGUAAAAACAGAAGAGCAUCAGACAGUCACUGCUGGAGAUACGGCUGAAGAUAACUUGCUCAGUAAUAUGUCAGAAGAACUAAGAGAGAAAGAUACAAAACGAAGUCCUGGCACAGAAGAAGAUACCAUAAGCACUGUCUCAGAAGAGGUGGGCAGCCUCACAGCACCACAAAGUGCCACUGGGUCAGGUAAUCAUAUUCCUGUAGAAGAUGCUAAAAGUCAUUUAGAGAUUGUAACAGCGAGUGACACAGAGGCUGGAAAACACUGGUGUGACAGUGAGGUCAGAGCGCUUAUACACGUAUGGUCUGACGAAAAAAUUCAGCAAAUGCUUGAAGGGGCCACAAGAAACAAAGAAAUAUUUGAGGAAAUUGCCAGAAGACUAACGCAAUUAGGAAUAGACAGAGACUGGAAACAGUGUCGUACUAAAUACAAAAAUUUAAAAUACGAAUAUAGAGUUUUACAAAGGAAAAAUGGCAACCCUCAAAGAAAAAUGAGAUUUUAUGAAGAAGUUGACUGCAUCCUAAGACGACCAACUCUCAGAACUGCCAAAUGGAAACAUGAACUAUUUGAAGGUCAUACCAAAAACCCAAGAACUUUGAGCAUCAAGAGAAAAGCAUAUGAAGAUGAACCAGCGUCUGUAUCUUUUAAGAAAACUGCUCCUGAGAUCAUUGCAAACUGGUUUCCUCAAAGCAUAACAGAAUCCAAAGAUUCUACAGAAAGUUUCUGCAGACAGGAGACCCCCUACAUGACCCAGCUUCAUCAGGUAAAUCUCACAAAUUUUUAGAAGAGGUGUGAAAAUGUUUAUCAGUUGUAGUGUUCAAUUCCUAACCCAGGAAAUUGCCAAUUCACUGAAGGGACGGGCAUUUUCAUUUCCUAACUAAGCAAGCAAAGGCUAACGUUGAUUCAUGGGAUAAAUCUAUGAAAUUUUAAUAUGUAGUUCUUUUUAUGGAAUCUUCAAAUAUGUCCACGUCAUUCUAGUCUCCAUAAAAUGUGACUGUGAUUUAAAGAUGAAGAUUUUUGAUCUACAAGAGGGUGUGUGGUUUGUCCAGAACUCUGCAAACCACUGAUGUGUUUUCAGGACUGAAAAAGCAUUUGGUGAUUAUAUGAAGCUGACACGAACAGGUAUGCACACACAGCUUACAGCCAGAGAGGACAUUUUCAAUGUUAAACUAACAUUCUCCCUGACAGAAAGGAGUGCUAUAGAAUAAAUCUGCAAAUAGCCAGACGACCACUAAAAAGAAGUACUUCUGGAUGAACCCAUCUGGAUUAAGUAUCCAGCGCAUGACUAUCUAGUAAGCGUUACUCCAUUUGUAAUACAUAAUAUUCUAACUUUCAGGUAUUCUAUUACCCUGAGAGUAAGUUUUUUGAGGUCAGAUUAUGGCUAAGACAAAAAGAGAACCAAAUACAGUGCAAAAAUGAUAGAAAUCUUACCUUCUAGAUUCCGUGUUAUAGGAAGAUAACGUAUAAGAGAUAAAUUCCUUUGUCAAAAAGGGAAAAAAAAUUGAAUCUAGUUGCUGUUGUUUUAAAACUAACCAUUCAAAAUAAAUAAAUAAAUAAACAAAUAAAAAUAAAACUAACCAUUCAGUGGAGGGGGGAGAGGAGGUAGAGCCUUCUGCAAGAGACCACACACGCCAGUGUACAGGGUAUAUAACGACUACUGUUUAUUGAGCUAUCACAACCUAUCCAGUUUUGACAUUCCUUGACUGAAUGCCAUAUAAAAACAUUAGUUCUUAAUCUCUGACCCCAACCUACUAGUUUAGAGUAGCAGAAAAUUUUAUCUUAUAGACAUAAAGGAGUUUCAUUGUUCUUCCAUCAGAAUCAGUUUCCCAAAGGGUGAAGACUUUUGCUAAUUUAAAAUUUUCAGUUGGAUAGGAUUAUGGGCUAGAACUGGCCCUCUCGGUGCACCUUAAUGAUUCUAUGCCUACACAAUAAAAAUCUUAAAUAGUUUUCCACUAACACAUUUGUUUUCCAGAAGCUACUGGGUUUCUUGCCACUGUUGUUGAGAUUAUCACAAGGUCAAUUUUCAAUACCACAGUUUAGCAAAGACUUUUGAUCAAAUGAGCAGCCUAACAGAACCCAUUUAAUAUUGCUCUAUUAUCAUAUAAUCACAUUUGUCGCUUUUAUCUUGUAUUAUCUAAUCUCAUAAUUCUUUCACAUAAAAGCAACUGUAGAAAAGUGCAUGUAACUAGGAAUCGAGUUGCAUUCAUUAAAAAAAAAAUCAGCCCCUUUUUCUUCAGGCAGAGACUGGGGAUGGACUUUCUGAGUUAUUUUAGCUAAAAAGUACAUAGUUAAGAAAAAAAAUUCAAGAUCAGGCCAUAUAUUUCCCAUAGACCACAAGGCAACUCUAAAGAUACCUAGUUUCUGCACACCUCUUCCCAUGACAGUAUCCAAAAUAACUUCUCCUAAGAAUGUUAGAAACUAACGUUGCUCUGGACUACUAUAUAGAUUUUAGUUUUUCCUUGGAUUAUUUAUCUAAUCCUCUCAAAUGUAUUUUAAAACAAGAUCUCUAUCAUGGUCAACCCACAGUUAUCCAAGAUUAGAGUCAUUCAAGUUAAAAAUAUCCUUUUUGAUUCAUCGCGGAUCCUAAAUUACUCUCAGUUCUUAGCAAGCAAUGAGUACACAAGAUGUGAAACUCAAACUCAAGUAUUUGGGACCCAGAAAAGAAGCAAAAAGGCUACUUUCAACUUAAGUUUGGUGAGGGAAAGCUAACCAUUUGGAAUGCAUUUAAGCAUAUUGCUCCCAUAUUGCCAAAAGGGUUAUUGCUAAGUUCCUUAACUGUCCUAGAAGUUGUUGCUACGGUAAUGCCUUAUCGAAACUUUGUAAUACUUUCAGUGGUAAUAUCAAACCUAGGUUUAUAUUUCUUAACCCAACUGAACUGUUUACAUCAACUUCCAGUUAGGUCAGGUAGCAAGAAAUGGCAAGAUAACGGAAGCACAGUUAUUUU